AUGUCGAUUCAGUCAUUGCCGGGAUGUAAUCAGGGAGCACACCUUAUCCAGUUUGAGGUUGGCAGCCUUAUCGGUGGCAUUGUGAAUCUGGAUGCCAGCGAUGAGGCUAUGCUUACUGAACGUCGUUCUGUGCCGACUAUCACGAAGGCAGAUGGAAGUGAAGAAGCGCCUAAUUCCGAGAUAUCGCGACAUGGUGAGCUUCUGAUCGCUAGCCAUUCUCUAACAACUACCCAUUUGUUGGCAGUCAUCGCAACAGCCAACACUCUUAUGGGCAUGAGAAAUGCAGCUUCUCAAAUCGAGUUAGCUAUUUCAAACUAUAGGCAAAAUGUAGAAAGGGAUUUUUUUUACAACAGGAACACUCGCCGUAGCUCUCUAGCAUGCGCACAUCCAUUAGCUAGAAGGUUAACCAAGGAAGGGCUUAUAAGUGAAAGGCAACAGCUCAAACAGGGAUGGAGCCUCUUGGCAGCGUUGCACUGUGUUCUGCUACCUGAUCAUGUGCGACCUAGGAGCAGUUAUGCCGCGCCACGAAUUGAGCUUCUUGCUAGAAGAUGGCAAGACAGCUGUGUGGAGAUUCGAGAAGCAGCACAAGCCUUACUAAUCCGUGAACUUUCACGUCUUGGUUCUUCCGGAAGAAGACGUCUCAUUGAAUCGUGGACACCAUUCUUGCCACCGCUGUUGGAUCCAGCACUGUCGAUCUUUGGUAGGAGCGCAAGAUUGCAGUCUUCGGUACCAGCUUUACCACCAUCAGCUCCACCAAUCCCGCCUAGGCAUAAAAACUCACCGCCUCCUUUGGCGCCUGUGCCAGAGCCAUCCACUGCGGAAGACGGUGAGUCUGGUGUGCAGCAAGUCCGUCGCAAUCAAGCCACUGCCAUCAUUCUUCUUGGUGUUGUGGGAGCGGAAUUUGGCGAUGAGCUAAACAGAGCGGAUCUGACGAGAGCUACAGCGCUAUCAUUACUGGAACUGUUGGUUGCUGCACCGUCACCACUGCUACCCGUUCACUCGCCCUUACGACGAGCCGCCAUAGACCUUUUGGGACGCGGUUUUGUACACUGGGAACCACAUCUGGAGAUCUCGAAGGUUGUCCUAGGCCUGCUUGACUUGGCUGCGAAUACGGAGAAACAACCACCGUAA